AAGUCUUAGCAACAAUCUUUGUAUAGUAUUUACACAUAUUUUUGUUACUAUAUGUAUCAAGCUAAGCAGCAAGAGAAUAUAUCAAAUUAACAAUGACGAUGGCAACAAUAUGCACCCAUGCGUGGAGUCCACUACAAUGUUCUCUAAAGGCCCCAUCCAAAACAUUCAUAAAACCCCAAAAGACACACUCAAUGUCUCCUGAAAAGAAAGAAGUGUUCAAAUCACUAGAGAAAUGGGUUUCACAAAGUGUCUUGCCAUUGGUUAAACCUGUGGAGGAAUGCUGGCAGCCACAUAAUUUGUUGCCAGACUCUUCACUACCUUCCGAUGAGUUCAUCCAUCUAGUGAAGGCAUUGAGAGAUCGAACGGCUGAGCUUCCAGAUGAUUAUCUUGUAGCUUUGGUCGGUAGCAUGAUCACUGAGGAAGCAUUGCCUACGUACCAAACAUGGAUAAACAAGUUGGAUGGAGUUGGAGACGAAUCUGGUUCAAGUCUCUCACCAUGGGCUAUAUGGUCACGCUCUUGGACCGCCGAAGAAAAUAGACAUGGAGAUUUACUCAAAACUUAUCUCUAUCUCUCCGGUCGAGUUGAUAUGUGCAUGAUUGAGAAGACUAUCCAAUAUUUGAUUGGAGCUGGCGUGGAUGUGGGUACCGAAAACAACCCAUACAUGGGUUUUGUGUACACAUCCUUUCAAGAGCGAGCCACAUUUGUGUCACACGGCAACCUAGGUAAGUUGGCUAAAGAGAGAGGUGACCUCUCACUUGCACGCGUAUGCGGGACAAUUGCCGCUGAUGAGAAGCGUCACGAGAAUGCAUAUGUGAGGAUUGUGGAAAAGCUUCUAGAAGUGGAUCCCACUGAGGCUAUGGUGGCCAUAGCCAAAAUGAUGCGGCGCAAGAUUACAAUGCCCGCUCACUUGAUGCAUGAUGGACAAGACCCACACCUCUUCGAUCAUUUUUCUGCAGUGGCACAACGUAUUGGCACGUACACGACCAAUGAUUAUAUUGAUAUCUUAGAGUUCUUGAUUAGACGAUGGAGAUUGGAGAAGAUUGAGGGUUUGACCAAGGAAGGACAACAUGCACAAGAGUUCGUGUGUGGACUUGCACCUAGAUUAAGGAAACUGGAAGAGCGUCUUGAUGGGAGAACAAGCAAGAUCAUCCACAAAUUCUCUUGGAUCUUCAAUAAUGAGUUGUCCUUGUGAAGUUUGAUAGCUGCAUCUCAAUGUUUACUUUACUUUUAAUUUUCUUGUCUUUAUACAUAGACAUAGUGUAGGCUUGUGUGUAUUUGAGUUUGCUUCUAAUGUAAGAAUUAAUGUGAUACUAACGUUUAGAUUAAAUAUGAUUGCAACCUCAUCUUCUUUUUUUUUUUCUUCUGACCCACCAAAGGUGAGCGACUAAUCCGCUCAUGCGUAGAGGCAUGCAUACUGGUUAAGUGUUGUUCCCCCUGGGAAUCGAACUCGGUAUUCUCUGGAUACGUCCUUGGAAGGAGCUUCUUGCCACCGGAGCCCAAGCAACUUGGUUAUUGCAACCUGAUCUUUGUUGUAAUAUGAUGUUGUGAGAAAUGUGAGAUCAUUUGAAUGAUGUUUCCUUAUA